AAGGGAAAGGAAGGAAGAAAAAAGGGUGUGAGGGAGGAAGGAAGGAAGGAAGGAAAUCUACAAUAGCUAGUGCUGAGGCAUUUCUGGAAAGAUCAAAGUCCUGUUAGCUCCCUCCUAUAAUUCCCAUCCUUUUCAGAGGACAAUGAUCUCUAGGGUACUCUUGGAAUUGGUAGUCAUUAUUUUGGCACUUCUCUCCUAUGGUUGCCAUCUUUCAAACCAGAUGAAGUAAUUAGUGCUUCUUGUUUCCUAAUAGAAGCCUCAGCUAUCAGACUUCAUGUGAAAGAUGGCUAAUGCAGAAGUGAGUGUCCCAGUGGGAGAUGUGGUUGUGGUACCCACUGAAGGAAAUGAAGGGGAGAACCCUGAAGACACUAAGACCCAAGUGAUCUUGCAGUUACAACCUGUGCAACAAGGUUUGUUUAUCGAUGGACACUUUUACAACAGGAUUUAUGAAGCUGGGUCGGAGAACAACACGGCAGUUGUAGCAGUAGAAACUCACACAAUACACAAAAUUGAAGAAGGAAUUGAUGCAAGCACUAUAGAAGCAAAUGAGGAUAUGGAAAUUGCUUACCCCAUAACUUGUGGAGAGAGCAAAGCCAUUCUCCUCUGGAAGAAGUUUGUAUGUCCAGGAAUAAAUGUGAAGUGUGUUAAGUUCAAUGAUCAGUUGAUCAGCCCCAAGCAUUUUGUUCAUCUGGCUGGCAAGUCCACUCUGAAGGACUGGAAGAGAGCCAUUCGUCUGGGUGGAAUCAUGCUUAGGAAAAUGAUGGACUCUGGACAGAUUGAUUUUUACCAACAUGAUAAAGUUUGCUCCAAUACCUGCAGAAGCACCAAAUUUGAUCUUCUGAUUAGCAGUGCAAGAGCUCCAGUGCCAGGACAGCAGACAAGUGUGGUGCAGACACCCACUUCGGCCGAUGGUAGCAUCACACAGAUUGCCAUCUCAGAAGAGAGCAUGGAAGAGGCAGGACUGGAAUGGAACUCGGCUCUCACCGCUGCUGUCACCAUGGCCACAGAGGAGGGUGUGAAAAAAGACUCUGAGGAAAUUUCAGAGGACACGUUGAUGUUUUGGAAAGGAAUAGCUGAUGUAGGCCUGAUGGAAGAGGUUGUCUGCAACAUACAGAAGGAAAUAGAGGAGCUCCUAAGAGGAGUUCAGCAGCGGCUCAUCCAGACUCCCUUCCAGGUCACAGAUGCUGCUGUUCUCAACAAUGUGGCACAUACCUUUGGCCUAAUGGACACAGUUAAGAAGGUUUUGGACAACAGAAGGAACCAAGUAGAGCAAGGGGAAGAGCAAUUUCUCUAUACUCUGACAGACUUGGAACGCCAGUUGGAAGAGCAAAAGAAGCAAGCCCAGGAUCAUAGGCUGAAAUCCCAGACAGUUCAAAAUGUGGUACUGAUGCCUGUGAGCACUCCUAAGCCUCCAAAAAGGCCUCGGCUCCAGCGGCCAGCCUCCACCACUGUCCUGAGCCCUUCUCCUCCUGUGCAGCAACCUCAAUUCACAGUCAUCUCACCCAUCACCAUCACCCCAGUGGGUCAGUCAUUUUCCAUGGGCAAUAUUCCAGUGGCCACCCUCAGCCAGGGCUCCAGUCCUGUGACUGUCCACACACUGCCUUCUGGCCCUCAGCUCUUCCGAUACGCCACAGUGGUCUCCUCUGCCAAGAGCAGCUCACCAGAAACAGUGACCAUCCACCCUUCAUCUAGCUUGGCACUGCUAAGCUCUACUACCAUGCAGGAUGGAAGCACCCUAGGCAACAUGACCACCAUGGUGAGCCCUGUGGAGCUGGUAGCCAUGGAGUCUGGCCUGACCUCAGCACUCCAGGCAGUUGAAAGCACCGCAGAGGAUGGGCAGACCAUCAUUGAAAUUGACCCAGCCCCAGACCCUGAAGCUGAAGACACUGAGGGCAAAGCAGUCAUCUUGGAGACAGAGUUGAGGACUGAGGAGAAAGUAGUGGCUGAAAUGGAAGAACACCAGCACCAAGUCCACAAUGUGGAGAUUGUGGUCUUAGAGGAUUGACUGGGGAUCUCGGGGCCAGGAGAUAUGUUUUGGUUUGGAAUUUUAAUUAUUUGUUUAUUUUUAUCAUUGUUCCACUCAUUUCCACAUAGGAUCCUUCCUUUUUUUUUUUUUUUUUAGAACAAAAUUUCAUUGUUAUAACUGAAAAUGUUGGAUUCCUCCCACUUUCUCAUUGAAAAAUGGACAAAACAAACUGCCCUUCCACAGUUGAGAGAGAGUAGGUCGUUCAAUGUCUUAAUCAUCUUACUCCAUGAAAGUUAUUUUUUUAGGGGAGGCAUCAAAAUAACCAGAAACCCUUUCCAGACUAGUCUAUCUGUGUACGCAUGUGGUUUUAUUCUUGUAAAGAUGAUUGACCAAACUCUGGAACACAGAUCUGACACUGGAAGGCAACCCAUUCACAUGUGGAUGCAGAAGUA